GGAAGAAACUGGAAACAAUUUGUGGAGCCACAUCGAGUACCCUGAGGUAGCGGUAAUAGAGAAGAGAGGCUGAGGCCGAUAUCUUCCCGCGAAGCCUUGCGUCCCACUCCCCGUAAACUCGUCAAUUUUCUUUAAUUAUGGCGUCAAUUUCAGUGCUUGCAUCUCUACAACCAUCCCUGAGUCUAUCUGGUUCGAAAUUUUCGACUAUGGGAUGCUGCAGAACAGCUACUACUGUUUCUCUUCAUGAACCUCAGAAGUCUUCCCAUUCGAAUAUAUGCGGGAACCCUGCGGCUCAUGGGCAAGUCAUUGAGCGCAGAGGAGUAGUAAUAUCAGCUAUUGGAAUCCUUGCUGGAUACUGGUGGGAUGCGGCAAUUGAUGGGAUGGCCAUGGCAUCUGAAUUUACUGACAUGCCUGCAAUCAGGGGAAAGGACUAUGGCAAGCCUAAAAUGCGGUAUCCAGACUACAGAGAGACAGAGUCAGGUCUUCAGUACAAGGACUUGAGAGUUGGAAAUGGGCCCACACCAAAGAUGGGAGAGACUGUAGUGGUUGAUUGGGAUGGUUUCACCAUAGGAUACUAUGGCCGCAUAUUUGAAGCCCGAAAUAAGACCAAGGGUGGUUCCUUUGAGGGAAAUGACAAGGACUUCUUCAAAUUUAGAGUGGGAUCUCAUGAGGUGAUACCAGCUUUCGAGGAAGCUGUUUCAGGCAUGGCUCCGGGUGGUGUUAGAAGGAUCAUAGUGCCGCCAGAAUUGGGAUAUCCUGAGAACGAUUUCAACAAGAGUGGCCCUAGACCAACAACAUUCUCGGGCCAACGAGCAUUGGAUUUUGUACUGAGGAACCAAGGGCUGAUAGACAAGACUCUUUUGUUUGAUAUUGAGCUCCUCAAAAUCGUAUCGAACUGAUUACCUGUCGAGGUCAGCACGUGUCACCAAUACCAAGAUCUGAAAAUGAGGUGCAUAAAGAUUAUGACCGGGCAGAGAGACAUGGAACAUCAUCAUCUUGAUGAUAAUGAAUGUGAGCUUCUAUUGGUUUUAUAUUAGCACUGGCCCUUGACCCGUGGAUAGAGAGAGAUCUAUUUUUUUAAUAUUUACCUUUUUAUUCCUUUUGUUGGGAUCUAAAUAUUAUGGCAAGUAGCUUCGAUUGGUUUUGUUACCACUUGUCAUUGCCCAGCAAAGUAAGAAAGGCUACUAGCCGGACCUUGUAAUUAGAAUUUUUGUUUCAAGAUUGCGGUUGUACUAUCGUAUCAUUAUCGUUGUAACUAUAUGCGAGUGGAGAAAGGCUGAAGUUGAACUCCAUUUUUGCGGAAUGAAUUAGCAUUCUGGUCA